AAGGCUAAAAAAAGAUGGCACUUGUUGCUAUGUUAAAUAGCCAGGAAAUCCUGACAAGAAUAUUUAUCGAGCUCAAGUCAAAGCAUGAAGACAAACGACAGAAAGCCGCGGAAGAAUUACGUGAAAUGGCUGCUUCCGCUUCAAGGGAGUUGUCCGACGAAGUUCUUGUACGCUUCAUUAACGACAUUAACAAACGCAUUUCCGAGUUGACCCACGGCAACGACAACAAUGAAAAAUUAGGCGCCAUCAUAGCUAUAGGUGCGUUGAACUCAUCUAUAUUCCAUGGAAAUUCAGAAUUUGAAGGAAAAGGAAGGAUCGUUUUUAUCUUAUGAGCAUGAUUCUUUUUUUCUUUUGGUAGAUCGAUUGAUUGACUUGGAAUCCGAAGGCAAUGCGAACCGAUUUUACAACUAUCUUCGACACAUGCUUCCGUACAACGAUCCACAAGUCAUGACACCCGCGGCACGUGCGAUGGGUCGUUUAGCUGUUAGUUCUUCUACCGUCACGGCCGAUAUCGUCGAUACACAAGUCGAGCAUGCAUUAGAAUGGUUACAAGACGAUCGCAGUCGACUCGCUGCCGUCCUUGUUUUACGCGAACUCGCUGUGAAUGCGCCUACUUUGAUUUACGCUUACGUUCCUCGCAUCCUUGACUUGAUCUGGCUCGCAUUACGUGAUUCUAGACACCUUAUCCGCGAAAACGCCGCCGACUGUUUAAGUCAAUGUUUGGAAAUCGUUCAACAACGUGAAACGCCCAUGCGCAAAACUUGGUACAGUCGUAUAUGGGACGAAGUCAAUCGCGGUCUUCGUUCCACCAGUGUGGAUUCUAUUCAUGGUAGCUUGCUCGCCAUGAGAGAACUUUUGCUACAUGCUGGCAUGUUUAUGACCGAUAUGUAUAAAGAUGUAUGCAAUAUCACGCUUCGCCUCAAAGACGCUCGCGAUGGGUUAAUACGACGUACCGUGGUCUCCAUCAUUCCUACUUUGGCCAGUUAUGAUCCUGCUACGUUUGCUGAGCAUUAUCUACAUAAAUCAAUGAGCCAUUUGUUGAACCUUUUACGGAAAGACCGAGAUAAACGAGAUGCUUUCGUAACGAUCGGCGAAGUGGCCAUUCAGGUCAAAAGCAAUAUGGGUCCUUAUCUAGACGCUACAUUGACCUGCAUCAAAGAAGUUUUGUCACUUCGAGGACGGCAACGCAAAGAGAUUGAAACCGCAGCGUUUAUGUGUAUAAGCAUGUUGGCAACAGCCGUCGGUCAGGCAUUGACCAAGUAUGUCAACGAUUUGCUGGAUCUCAUGUUCAGUGGAGGACUCUCGGAGCCAUUGGUGACGGCAUUGAGCAACAUUGCCGAGCGUAUUAAACCUCUAUCACCUGUGAUUCAAGAUCGGUUACUCAAUGUCAUUUCCAUUACUUUGAGCGGUCAAUCUUACAAACAACCUGGCGCUCCCACGAGUCGCAAUCUCAUUCAGGGCGUCGACCGACCUCGCGAAGCAGGGAUGGUGGAUGCCAAAGAUAACGAUAUCAUCGUGCUUGCACUCACGACGCUCGGAUCGUUUGAUUUUUCCAAUCAUGUACUCAACGAAUUCGUACGAGAUUGCAUUGUGAAUUACUUGGAUGAUGAUUUACCAGAGAUACGUAAAGCGGCCGCGGUUACUUGCUGUCAACUAUUCAUUCGAGAUCCUAUCUGUAACCAAACCAGUGCCCACGCCAUUAAAGUCGUGGGCGAAGUCUUGGAGAAGCUUUUAACCGUCGGAAUUGCCGACCCGGAUGCCGCCAUCCGAGAAACUGUGCUUUCCUCCCUGGAUCCGAAAUUCGAUCGACAUUUGGCACAAGCCGACAAUGUACGAUCCUUAUUCAUCGCUCUCAAUGAUGAAGUCUUUGCUAUCCGAGAAAUUGCCAUUACCAUUAUCGGUCGAUUGACCACCUAUAACCCGGCUUACGUCAUGCCGUCCCUUCGAAAGACGUUGAUUCAGCUCUUGACCGAACUGGAGUACUCCGUUAUUAGUCGGCAAAAAGAAGAAUCGGCACGACUCGUAGCUCUGCUCGUGGGCGCCGCUCAACGUCUAACGAAACCUUACAUUGAACCUGUUCUCAAAGUGCUUUUACCAAAAGCCCGCGAUCCGUCACCUGGCGUGGUAUCGGCCGUCUUGGGAGCUUUGGGUGAACUGGCCGCAGUCAGUGGGGAGGAUAUGGUGCCUCAUUUGGACGAAUUGAUGUUGUUGAUCAUGGAGACCUUGCAAGAUCAGAGUUCCAGUGCCAAACGAGAUGCCGCGCUGAAAACGUUGGGUCAACUCGCCAGCAAUACCGGUUUUGUCAUUGAGCCUUAUACCAAAUACCCGGCUCUUUUGAACGCACUGAUCAACAUCCUUAAAACCGAACAGAACCCCACCAUUCGUCGCGAAACCGUAAAGUUGAUGGGUAUUUUGGGUGCCCUCGAUCCUUAUCGUCACAAGAUGAAUGCAAUCGGUGAUUCCAGCGAAGCUUUGACUGAUCCAAAGCUAGCAAGUAACGAUGUGACCUUGUUGAUGAUGGGUAUUGGACCGUCGUCGGAAGACUAUUAUCCACAAGUCGUGAUGCAUUCCCUGAUGAAGAUUUUGCGGGAUCCGUCACUCAGCACGUAUCAUCGAUCGGUCAUUGAAGCGAUCAUGUCGAUUUUCAAAACCCUCGGCCUGAAAGUCGUGCAAUUCUUGCCGGUGGUGGUGCCGGGUUUCUUGGCCCUGAUGCGCUCAUGCACGACAGGAAUGCUCGAGUUAUACUUUCAUGAAUUGGGCGAUUUAGUAUCGAUUGUCAAGCAACACAUCCGCAACUAUUUGAAAGAUAUUUUUGAUCUCAUUGACGAUUACUGGACUCCUGUAUCUUCCAUUCAGAUUACCGUCAUUUCACUCAUUGAGGCCAUUGCCAAAGCCCUGGACGGUGAACUGAAAGUUUACUUGCCCCGUUUGUUACCGCAUAUGCUGCAGAUCUUUGACAAUGACAUUUCCGAUCGUCGCCAACCCACCAUCAAGGCGCUGCAUGCUUUUGUCGUGUUUGGCGCCAACAUUGAAGAAUACAUGCAUCUCGUCGUACCGGCGGUGGUGAAAUUCUUUGAGAAACCCGACGCGCCCGUUUCUGUUCGACGCCAAGCCAUCAUGACCAUCACCGCCUUGUGUAAAAAGGUCAACAUGUUUGAUUACGCUUCCCGAAUCAUUCACCCUCUGGCCCGUGUCCUUCCUAUUCUUCCUAUUGAGACACGACAUGUUGCUAUGGAUUUAUUAUGCGCUUUGGUGUUCCAACUUGCUGCCGAUUACGCAAAAUUCAUUCCUGUCAUCAACAAGGUUCUCAUGAGACAUCGUAUCUCACAUGCCAAUUAUGAACUCUUAGUGGGCAAACUGCUAAAGGGUGAAAAUUUACCGCAAGAACUUGGUAAAGCGUUCGAUGACAGAGAAUCCAAGGGUGAUGAGACGCCCUCGGCGGAUCUUGGCGCGGUGAAAAAGCAACCUGUGAAUCAGCAAUUGUUGAAGAAGGCAUGGGAAGCUUCGCAGCGAUCGACCAAGGAAGAUUGGAUGGAGUGGAUUCGAAAACUGAGUGUGGAAUUGUUGAAGCAGUCACCAUCGCAUGCUCUACGUGCCAACAGUACCUUGGCCAAUAUGUACCCGCCGUUGGCCAGAGAACUGUUCAAUGCCGCGUUUGUAUCAUGCUGGAACGAAUUGUAUGAUCAGUAUCAAGAUGAACUCGUCCGAUCGCUUGAGAUGGCUCUCAAAGCGCCCAAUAUUCCCCCGGAAAUUAUCCAGAUUUUACUCCACUUGGCGGAAUUCAUGGAACACGAUAACAAGAUGCUGCCCAUCGAUAUUCGCACGUUGGCCAUUUACGCUCAAAAGUGCCACGCCUAUGCAAAAGCAUUGCAUUACAAAGAGACGGAAUUCCAUCACGAACAGUCGUUUGAAGCGGUCGAGAUGCUGAUGUCUAUCAAUAACUUGUUGCAGCAACCCGAUGCUGCCAUGGGUAUCCUUACCUUUGCUCAAAAUUCGCUCAAACUGUCCCGCAAAGUGUCGUGGUAUGAAAAACUGCAUCGAUACCAGGACGCCCUCAUUGCGUAUGAAGCAAAGCAAGCCGAAAAUCCAAACUCGAUGGAAAUCACCUUGGGCCGUAUGCGCUGUUUACACGCUUUGGGCGAAUGGGACCAAUUGGCCUCCUUGGCUCAAGAAAAAUGGAUCCACGCACCAGCCGACAAUCGCAAGAGUAUGGCCCCGUUUGCGGCCGCAGCUGCCUGGGGUCUAGGUCAUUGGGAACAGAUGGAGGAAUACAUCGCCUUGUUGAAGCCGGAAAGUCCCGAUCGAACGUUUUUCCGAGCCAUUUUGGCUUUGCAUCGCAACCGUUACGUGGAAGCAGAACGGUUCAUUAACAAGACCCGUGAUCUCCUGGAUACCGAACUGACGGCACUCCUGGGUGAAAGUUACAAUCGUGCGUAUGCCACGGUGGUGCGCGUGCAGAUGCUGGCCGAGUUGGAGGAGAUGAUUAUCUACAAGCAGUCCUCGAAUGAUGUGGAGCGACAGAAUACGAUUCGACGGACAUGGAUGAAGCGUUUGGAAGGAUGCGAGCGCAACGUGGAAGUGUGGCAACGAAUCUUGCGGGUUCGUGCUAUGGUGAUUUCGCCUCAAGACGAUAUGGAGAUGUGGAUCAAAUUUGCCAACUUGUGUCGCAAGAGCGGCCGAUUUUCGCUGUCCGAAAAGACACUGCGCAGUUUGAUGGAAGCCGACAGCGGGGCCGGUGGAGGCAACCCUCAUCCAAAGAUCGUGUAUGCGCAACUGAAGCAUAUGUGGGAUUCCGCCUCGCAAGCGUCUGGAAAUCAAUCGCACGCCAUUCGCACGCGAGCAUUGAGCAUUCUUCGUGACUUUACCGCGCAAAAGACCCAAGAUUUGGGAUUGAACCCGGAUGAUCUCGCCGUGAGCAUGCCAAUCGAUUCAAGCCAGAUCAAUGAAGACGUCGCUGAAUACACCCGCCUUCUCAGUCGCUGUUAUCUCCGUCAAGGUGAAUGGCAGCGCGGAUUAUCGUACGAACUUGCCAUGGACACCAUUCCCGAUAUCUUGCGAUCGUUCCUGCUGGCGACACGAUUUGAUCAGAAUUGGUACAAGGCAUGGCACGCGUGGGCGUUGGCCAACUUUGACAUUAUCGACUUUUACGAAAAAUCACAUCAAGAUCAAGCCUUGCCCUCGGGCAUCUUUUCUCGUCACGUGGUGCCUGCUGUCCAGGGUUUCUUCCGUUCGAUUGCAUUGUCUAAAGAGAACUCGCUUCAAGACACUCUUCGAUUACUCACUUUGUGGUUCAAAUAUGGUUACCACGGUGAAGUGAGCGCCGCCAUCAGCGAAGGCUUUGGCACCAUCAGCAUCGAUGUCUGGCUACAAGUCAUUCCUCAAUUGAUUGCUCGUAUUCAUGCUCCCAAUGCCACAGUACGCUUACUGAUCCAUCAAUUGUUGACCGAUAUUGGUCGAGAACAUCCACAAGCCCUGGUCUAUUCACUCACCGUCGCGUCCAAAUCGCAAAGUGUUCCGCGAAAGAAGGCCACCUUUGCCAUCAUGGACCGUAUGCGAAUGCACAGCUCAGCUUUGGUCGAUCAGGCACUUAUGGUAAGCCAGGAGCUUAUUCGUGUGGCCAUUUUGUGGCACGAAAUGUGGCAUGAGGGACUGGAAGAGGCUUCCCGACUUUACUUUGGUGAUCGCAAUAUGGAUGCUAUGUUUGCUACACUUGAGCCGUUGCAUCAAAUGCUGGAUCGUGGUCCAGAAACGAUGCGUGAAGAGUCGUUUGUGCAAGCGUUCGGUCGUGAUCUUCAAGAAGCUCAAGAGUGGUGUCGUCGUUAUCAAGAAACGCGCGAUCUGAAUAACCUGAAUCAAGCUUGGGAAUUAUACUAUCAAGUUUUCAAACGAAUUUCCCGACAAUUACCUCAACUCACGAGUCUUGAACUUCAAUACGUGUCGCCAAGGUUACUGGAAGCGCGCAAUCUUGAAUUAUGUGUUCCGGGCUAUUACCGCAGUGGCGAACCGAUUGUGCGCAUUGUGCGCUUCAAUCCCAGUUUGACCGUCAUCAUCUCCAAACAACGCCCGAGAAAGUUGACCAUUGUCGGCAGCGAUGGCAAGGACUACAUGUACCUGUUAAAGGGCCAUGAAGAUCUGCGUCAGGAUGAACGUGUCAUCCAGCUGUUUGGACUGGUCAAUACCCUGUUGAAGAACGAUGCCGAGACCUUCAAACGUCACUUGAACAUUGAACGGUACCCCGUGGUGCCUCUGUCGCCCAAUUCCGGUUUGAUCGGCUGGGUCCCUGAUACAGAUACUUUCCACACCUUGAUUCGCGAUUACCGUGAUAGCCGAAAGAUCCUACUCAACAUUGAGCACCGUUUGAUGCUUCAGAUGGCGCCUGAUUAUGAAAACCUAACCGUGAUUCAAAAAGUGGAAGUGUUCCAGUUCGCGUUCGAAAAGACGAGUGGUCAAGAUCUAUACAAGGUGUUGUGGCUCAAGAGUCGAAAUUCGGAAGCAUGGUUGGACCGACGUACAAACUACACACGAUCACUGGCUGUUAUGUCGAUGGUCGGUUAUAUCCUUGGUUUGGGCGAUCGUCAUCCAUCCAAUCUCAUGUUGCACCGGGUCACAGGCAAAGUGGUCCAUAUUGAUUUUGGCGAUUGUUUCGAGGUGGCCAUGCAUCGUGAGAAAUAUCCCGAAAAGAUUCCAUUCCGUCUGACACGCAUGCUGGUCAAAGCGAUGGAGGUGAGUGGUAUUGAGGGCAACUUCCGUACCACUUGCGAGCAUGUGAUGCGUGUACUCCGCGAUAAUAAGGAAAGCUUGAUGGCGGUGCUCGAAGCCUUCGUGUAUGAUCCUUUAAUCAACUGGAGAUUGCUCAAUAAUCCACACACCAGUCCCGCUCAACACAAGAACAAAGAUGAACGUAUACGAGGCAUUGAACGAAUUAAUCAUGAGGAGUUGGCCGAUGAUACCCAUCGUAACUUUUCAGUAAGCCGACGACUGAAUCGUAUUGAAGUGGAAGCAGUAGCAAAUGAAAACGCGGCAGGUCCGGAAAUGCUCAAUUCUCGAGCUGUGGGCGUCGUCAACCGAGUAUCCAACAAAUUGACAGGUCGUGAUUUCAAUCCUCGAGUAACACUGGAUGUGCCGACGCAAGUCGACAAAUUAAUCCACCAAGCUACGUCAUUAGAAAAUUUGUGUCAAUGCUAUAUUGGAUGGUGCGCCUUCUGGUAGAAGCAAAAAAAAAAAAAAAAA